AGUGACAGUUUCGUAUGAUGGACCGGUGGGCCUUCACCAGCUCUGAUUCGCAUACGGCACAGCCAUCUUCAAUAUGCGUCCCAGUCAACUGAUAAUCCACAGCCCAUGACCUCAUCCUUCAUUGGCCGUCCAUUAUCAAGAACGAUAGGUGGAGAGACUGGCAAGCCCCUGCCGCUGAGCCGCCAACUCGCCAACUUCUGAGUUGCACUUGCCCACGAGCUGGCGGACUUGUCUUCUCUUCUCCCCUUACACACGAAUAGUCUCGCCAUGCUUUGGGCAAGGCUGGGCCGGUACAAUCUACUGGCCGGUGUGGCCUUCCUGGCCUUUCUGUCCAUUCUCAUGACCAUCUUUGUCUUCCGACUAUACUCUGACGAAGGCACACUCACCCUCGCACCCUCAGGAGACAGCAGCGGCAGUACCAGCCCCCCUCCGAGCCACGAUGACCUUGACGAUGCCCCCCCGAUGAAGCACCGGAUCGACUGGCUGAUCCAUGACGCCGAGCGAGAAUGGGAGCGUCUGCUCCUACAGCGGUCGCAUCGACUCGAGGACGCCGCCAGACAAUAUCGCAAGCGACGAAACCGCCACCCGCCGCCGGGGUUCGAUACAUGGUUCGCGUUCGCGCAGGAAAAGAAUGCUACAAUAAUCGAGGACCUCUUCGACCAGAUAUACAUCGAUAUCAGCCCGUACUGGGCACUGCGACCACAGGAAAUGCGCCGCAGGGCUGCUGGAUGGGACCCCCGAAUCGUCCUGCGCAACCACACACUGACUGGAGUCGGCAGCACUGGGCCUGGAUGGAUGGACGGAUGGUCGGAUCUGAUAUCAACCAUCGCGCAGUUUCUCCCAGAUAUGGACAUUCCGCUCAAUGGGAUGGAUGAACCUCGUCUGAUAAUCCCAUGGGAAAACCUCACCGAAUCCAUCGCCCAAGACCGCGCCAACCAACUCUUCAUCCCCUCCGAAGCCGCCGUAGACGAAUACAUGACCCUUCCUCCCUUCGACCCCGAGAACCCCCCAGAGAAUGCAAUGCCCCCAUUCAUAGGCGCGGACCACGCUUUCUGGGAGAUUAUGCGCCACGCCUGUCCCCCCGAAAGCCCCGGGCGCACGAGCAACAUCGCCAAACUGGACUUCGAACACCCGCCCGCUGAAUUCUACCACUACCGCAACUUCUCCAGCACGGGCUACGUCGAGGACUUUGAGCGGUCAAAGGAUCCCUGCUGGCGCGCAGAGCUCCAAGCCCUGCACGGCUCCUUUAUCGAACCGCUCUCGAUAUCGACAUCGCACGAACUCGUCCCUCUGUUCGGCGGGUCAAAGCUCACCGUCAACAACGAGAUCCUGAUUCCUCCGGUGAUGUACUGGGCGGAUAACCCGCUGUUCUCCGGCGGAGCAGACCACGGCGGCCCCUGGGCAGAGAAACAGGACGGUGUCGUAUGGCGCGGGAUCGCCAGCGGUGGCCGGAAUCGCCCAGAUACCUGGACAGGAUACCAGCGGCACCGACUGCUGUCUAUGCUGAACGGGACACAGGUGGCGCAGACAGACGGCUCCUCUUCGCACGGUGUCAACUUCCGGCAGCCAAACUAUGAGUACUAUGACGUCUGGGCCGGUCUUGACAACAACCUACCCCAGUGGCUCGACGAACACGCCGACACAGGGUUCCUCGACCUCGUCUGCUCGCCGGAUUAUCCAGGUGCGGCGCCUCACUGCCCAUACACUGACCCGUACUACACCCUCGUCGCCGGAAUCCCAAUGAACGAGAUGUUCAACUACAAAUACCUCCCCGACGUCGACGGGAACUCGUUCAGCGGGCGAUACCGCGGGUUCUUACUCUCCACGUCCUUGCCCAUCAAGGCGACCGUGUACAAGGAGUGGCACGAUACGCGACUGAUUCCGUGGGCGCACUUUGUACCGAUGGAUUCACUGUAUAUGGACCUCUACGGGAUCUUGAGCUAUUUCAUCGGAUAUGGAGAGCAUGCCGGGCACGAUGCCCAGGCGGAGAAGAUCGCGAUGAACGGGAAGCGCUGGGCUGAAGAGGUUCUACGCCCGGAGGAUAUGCAGGUCUAUAUGCUCAGGUUGCUGCUGGAGUAUGCGCGGUUGAGUGAUGAUAGACGGGAUAAACUCGCUUAUGUGGGCGAUAUGGGCGAGACAUGAUUAUUCAAUAGGACUGUUGUAUUAUUAUAUUUAAUCUGACUCGUUAGCACAACUCGUAUAUAAGUCUUAUUGUGAGGUCGAGUUCCACAGUGGGUUUGGCUUAUGCACGUCGCCAU